UAUUAAAUAUCUUUCCGGAGACUGAUAAUACAAUGAGUCUACCGACAGACUUCGGGCCGGACUCUGGUGGACGAAUAAAGGGUCUUACAAUCGUCAAACCGAUAGUCUACGGCAACAUAGCGAGGUAUUUUGGCAAGAAGCGAGAGGAGGACGGGCACACGCAUCAAUGGACGGUGUACGUAAAGCCUUAUGCUAACGAAGACAUGUCGAAUUACAUCAAGAAAGUGAACUUUAAGUUGCACGAGAGCUACGCUAAUCCGAACCGGAUUGUGACCAAGCCGCCGUACGAGCUCACGGAGACGGGCUGGGGCGAGUUCGAGAUCGUUAUCAAGCUACAUUUCCAUGAUCCAAAUGAGAGACCAGUAACCCUCUACCACAUCCUAAAGCUCUUCCAAUCACCAGCGUCCGAGGGUGCUCCCCCGACGGUUGGCCGGGCGCUCGUCAGCGAGUCCUAUGAAGAGAUCGUGUUUCAGGAGCCCACGCAGCUGAUGCAGCACUUGCUAACCACGGUCAAACCCGUCACCAAUGGAACUUGGACUCAUGACACUAACUUUGAGGAGAAGAAAGAAAAAACAUUAGAGAAGAUCAUAGCAGCCCAAGCCAAGGUGCGCAGCGAGAUAGCCGAGCUGAAGGAAAAGUUGCAACUAGCCAAGGAAACCGGGGCCAAGUUUAAGGAGGAAAUUGCCAAACUACAAAACAGUUCUGCUGGCUUGCUCUCCGUUAUAUAG